AAAAGCAACUGUCAAAAUAAAAUCGAUCGUCCUAUGUUCAACGUCUCGCAAAAACAUAAAAAUGGAGUUCCAUAAGGCUCAUAACUUUUCCAACUAUAAUCAAAAUCUCAACGCCAACAGCGUUCAGAAGCUGUGCAUUUGUGAGCGUAAGCGCAACGAUCUGAUUGUCUGCAGCCGCUGCAAUCAAUCCUUUGUGGGCCGCCUUUCGCAGCCCUGCCCAAAACAUCCCGAAGUAAUUUUCCUAAUGGACGCUCGUCAGUGUGCCCUUUGCGGUGCUCAUUCCGCAUUUUUGAAGGUGUCCAAACAAUAAAAAAACAAACAAUACAAGGGGAAGCUCCCUAAUACUGCACAGCUUUCGUUGACGAAGCUGGGCUAUAAUAUAAUCUAGAGUUACAUAUGCACUAUGUAAAAGUACAAGAUCAAUAAACAUGACCAAACUUUUAACAGGAAA